UUCAACUGAGGAGGUCUUUACAUUUCUAAUUGCAAAUUACACACCCAGAAGAAGAAAGGUCCACCUCACACUGAGAAACCAGCCAACUUACAGGGCCAAAAACAGUUGGUGUUAUAUUCUGCCUCAAAAUACAGUCUAGUGAACUGUCUAGUUGUAUAUCAACUCAAGGAUUAUGGAGAGACUUUUUUCAUCUGUGACUAUAUCGACUAAAUAGAUCUACGAUGGUCAGUGGUUUGUUUGGCACCAUGAAGCUGCCUGGCCUCAACAUCAGAUGUCUUGAUCCAAUGGACAAGUAGACUAAACUGUCAUCACUGAACAUGGGAUUGAUGAGACUGAACCAAAUACAAAUGGCUUCGAACCGACAGGAGGAUACCACACAAAUGGCUGUGAAUUUCUCAGAAUAUCCUUUUCUGAAGCAUUUUAAUUUAGCACAAGAGAUUUAAUGUCUUGUGUUGACUGCUGUGAUAUCGUCCAGCUGGAUCACUUACGGAUAUCUUCCUCAAUUCCAAGCGAAGAUGACUGAUCUGACCGAAAUAUCUUUAGACUCAGAAUCUGAUAUAUACAAGAACGUAUAUUGCAAUCCUGCCUUCGAGCCAGAGAAUGAGAGGGAGGAAACACAGCAAGAAUUCAAAACUCAUGUUUCCUCACCAGAGGUCAAUAAGACCCCUGAAACAAGUAAUGGGAUGCUGAGUCUUUGUGUGGUCCGGCUGAGAGGUCCCUGGUGUGGCUGGGGAACAGUGGUGGUACUGGCUGCAGCAUCACUUCUAGUGACAGCUUUGGGGCUUACUCUUAUUCUCAUUCUCACUCAACUAAAUGGACCCACUUCAGAACCUGGCCUGGUGACACCUUUAGACUCGUGGAGUGGAGAUGGCGUACCACACAACACCCCAUUAAGACCCACCACCUACUCCGUCACUCACAGCCCGAUGACAACUCUCACUGGGAAAGACCCCACCUCCCCUACCAAAUGCGGGGGUGUCUUGGCAGACCCUGGUGGCACUUUCAGCUCUCCCAACCACCCGGGCUCAUAUCCCCCCGAUUUGCUGUGUGUGUGGGUGAUCCGGGUGCCACCCCCAAGCCUCGUGCAGCUCCAUGUGUCAUCACUGGACAUCGAGGGGCCUUCACCCUGCCUGUUUGAUUGGCUGGAGAUUCGAGAGGAGACCGAGCAGACAUCCACUGUAACCAGGUUCUGUGGUAAUGUGGCCCCUCCCACAGUCAACACCAAUAGCAGCACAGUGUGGGUCAGCUUUCGGUCAGAUGGGAGCAUCACAAGAAAUGGUUUCAACGCCCAGUACCAUUCCAUUUUACCUGGCCAGAAGAGCUGUUCAAGGGAAGAGUUUAUGUGUGAUAAUGGUCGUUGUCUCCUGCCGGUGUCUGUUUGCGAUGGUCAACCAAACUGCCAGGACCAAACUGAUGAGGCGAACUGCAGUCACAAGCACAAAGAAUGUGGUGGCCAGAAGACUGGAUUGUCCGGCUCCUUCUCUAGUCCAAACCACCCCAAGCCCUACCCACACCAACAGCUGUGCACCUGGCAUAUAUCUGUGGAGGAUGGGCAUGUCAUCAGGUUGAGUUUCCGUAACUUCAGCCUGGAAACGCAAGACGUCUGUGAGUUUGACUAUGUCGAGGUGCACGACAGUGCUGACACUGGGGACGACAGUGUUCUUGGCCGGUACUGUGGAUCAGGACUCCCUCCAGAUCUGACCUCCUCGGGGACCGUCAUGACUGUGGUGUUUGUGGCCGAUGAGGGCGUGGCAGACAGCGGCUUCUAUGCUUCCUACCAGGCCAUUCCUCUCUCAGAGAGGACCUGUAGCUCAGCUCAGUUUGCCUGUGGCAGUGGGGAGUGUCUGCACCCGGAGUGGCUGUGUGAUGGCUGGAACGACUGCGCUGAUGGAGCAGACGAGCUGGACUGUGCCAACUCCACUUAUCCCCCUAUCACGUCAUCCUGCGAGCCCAUACAGGUGCAGAUGUGCCAGGGUCUGUCCUAUAACCUCACCUCUUUCCCCAAUAUCUGGCUCUCCAUCGCCGACCAGAGGGAGGCUGCGGCCAUGCUGCAGCAGUACAGGGUGCUGAUGGAGCUAGCAUGCUUCGAGCCCUUGCGUAAGCUGGUGUGCGGCAUGUUCCUGCCCCAGUGCAGCCCCCGGGGCGGCGUGCUGCAGCCAUGUUGGUCGGUAUGCUCAGCGGCCGAGCAGCAGUGUGCCCAGGCCCUGGACCUCUUCUCCCUCAGCUGGCCCUUCAACUGCCACCUGCUGCCAGACUCGGACGAUCCCGUCGAGUGCUCUCGCCCCUGA